GGCAGGGUCGCAUUUGUCUCGGGUGUUAUUCCCUAGGGUUCUAUUUUAUUUUUCUAUUUUUUUUUUUUUUUUUCUGGAUUAUUCAGGUUCGGGCAAAGCAUUUGUUAUGGGUCUUUAUUGGGUUUCUCUACGGGGAUAUCUACGUUACUGUUUUAUGUUCUGUUGCGCACUUUUCAUUAUUUUGUGGCAUAUGGAGAAUCCGGGACAUAGGGAUUACUUGCAUUUCAAAGUCCGCAUGUUACAUUGGCCUGCUUUUGUAAUUGUUUGGUCUCAUUUACACGUAAACUCCCCUUGAUGUUGUACAGUACAGAAGUAACAGAGACACGCAUCUAGAUUA